GAAAAUCACGAAACUUUGUGGAGGCAGUGGCUAUCGAAUGUAAAUGUCAAGGGAGGAAUUGGCCACCACGUUUUGGUCCACACGUUUCUCACCUUCUCGCACAAGCUGUCUCUUCGUACUCGACGACUUGUCUCGGCGUCAGGUGGAACAUCGAUAUUAGAA